ACUCUAUUACUCUACAUAACAUACAUUCUUGAUUCUUCACCUGCGCUGCUCACAUUCUCUCUCUCUCUCUCUCUCUUACUUGUCCGGUGGCUCUUUUUGUAAGUAUCUCCACCCUGUUCCACCUGUCUCUCCUUCUUCCUUCACUCACAACACGCAUCCGGUGACCUUUUCCCGGCGGCAACAACAACAACAACGACAAAGCUCCACAAACUGUUAUCAUAAAUGCAGACGAGAACGGUUCAGGUGCAGCACGUUUCAGAUCUAGCUAGUGAGAGAGAGAUUCACGAAUUCUUCUCGUUUUCUGGAGAAAUCGAACAUAUUGAGAUCCAAUGUGAGUCCGGGCAAUCAAAGAGUGCAUUUGUGACAUUUAAAGAUCCUAAAGCGCUUGAAAUCGCAUUAUUGUUAUCGGGAGCAACAAUAGUAGACCAGAUUGUGAGUAUAACUCCUGUUCAAAACUAUGUAGCAAAACGUGAGAUGCAGGAAGUUAGGGUGGUGGACAAUGCUGUGUGUGUUGCUCCUGCCGAAAACACCUCAACAAUUGAGGAUAAAUCUGACUCGCCAAACAAUGGAAGAAUGUAUGUCAGUAGAGCACAGGAUGCAGUUGCAACUAUGCUAGCGAAAGGUUCAGCUAUUAGACAAGAUGCUGUGAACAAGGCCAAAGCAUUUGAUGAGAAGCAUCGGUUGACAGCCAGUGCAUCAGAGAAGGUCGUUUCCUUUGACAGGAGAGUUGGGCUUACAGAGAAAUUGACAGUCGGGAUCUCAGUGGUCAAUGAGAAAGUGAAGUCUGUUGAUCAAAGGCUUCACGUGUCAGAUAAAACGAUGGCUGCAAUAUUUGCAGCAGAGAGGAAAUUGAAUGACACAGGAUCAGCUGUUAAAACAAGCAGGUAUGUUACUGCAGGAGCAGCGUGGUUAAAUGGUGCUUUUGGUAAGGUGGCAAAGGCAGGACAGGUUGCGGGUACAAAAACGAGAGAAAAGUUCCAUAUGGCCGUGUCAAACAUAACUGCAAAGGAACCUCCAAUUGCAGCUUAAGCCAAAAAACCUAGUGUUGCAGAAUGUUGGUUGGACUGUGGUAGCGAAUGCAUUGCCACGUCUAUCACCGAUUGGAGAACUGGGGUCGUUGGCUUGGAGUCGAUUGGUAUUUACUUUAUGUGAUUCUUUUUGCUUAUCCUUCAAAUGGUGUGAUGUGUGCACUUAUUAGUUAUAUAAUUCAAUAUUCAUGUAUUUUUUAUAUUCUUUCAUUCUCCUUAUCGUUGUAAUUUUGUGACUGUAACAUUGCUUUGAAGUGGAAAAGAAUUAAUGGCCGUGGCAGAAUUUUCUUUACUUCU